AUGAGAUCGAAAAUCCCUGGUCGUAAAAAUACCAACAGUAUUAUGGAACGAACGGUUCUUCAUUUUUUCAUGCUUUUAACCAGCACUGGAAGUCAUAAAGAAACAUCCGGCUGCUUUGUGAAGCUCUUUUAUUCCAACUAUUGUACCCUACGCAACAUUGUUGAGAAUGAUGAAACACUUAGCGAAAGUAACGAAGGUGACAUACCCAGUGCCAGUUACAAAAUGGGAAAUCCCGACAUCUCUUGUUUUUUAAUGAUCUCUUCAGCUUGUACAGACGAAUAUAUACCGACAUCGGUUAGGGAAAUAGCCGAGGUUCAUGUUGGAGGCUCGGCAGUUGCUUACCCACUACAGGUAGCUGGAAUGGAGGAGAUAUACGUAAGGAUUCGGAUCUCAAUUUCUACUUACACAAUGUGGGGAAGUACUCCACCACAAAUUUAUCCUGAUCUUCUUCAGUUAUUUAACGUACAUUUACUGGGUAAUGAUGUUUCAUCAUAUGAUGAUGAUAUCAUCACUGCAGUAAAUACAUGGCACCGGGUCUAUGUUGAAAGAAGUAUUUAUAUUUUCAGUUAA